UCUCCUGUCGUACGGUCUUUAAAUUAUUUUUUAUACAAUAAACUUUCUGUGAUGAUAGUUACAAGACCUGCCACUAGACUAGAGGACAUAAAGGGUUGGAAUCACUGUCGCCGUUGGCCCGGAAACCAGAGUCGGUAACAGGAAGUGACAUACACGGAAACGGGCAAUUUCAGUCUGGUGGCGGCCAGCGGUUUGCUUGAAUAUAUUUUUCCCCAAGCAGUUCAAUCAUUUUAACGGAAAAAUGGUUAAAAUGUGUUGUGUCGGAAAUUGCUCCAACUCCAGCAAUGCUGAUAUCAGUAUCUUUAAAUUUCCAUCCGAUAACGCAGUAAGAGCUCAGUGGAUUGAGCAAGUGAAGCGAACAAGGACGAAUUGGAGCGGGCCAUCGAAGUUUACUGGUGUUUGUUCCAAACAUUUCACUGAGGACUGCUUUGAUCAACUGACAGCGAUACGUCGUGACUUGGGAUGGAUUCAACAACAUCCCAGGGUUCUUUUGCCAUCAGCUGUCCCGACGUUAUUUGAGAGAAAACCUGUAAAAGCAGGUGCGCUAAGUUCGCUCCGAGCUCCAACGAAAGUGAGAACAGCUCUUCAGAAACGAGAAAAAUUAAGGAUACUUGAAGAAUCCAUUCCUGGAUUUUUGUCUGUACGGCACAAGAUUCACAAGCAACUAUCAGAAGGCAAACUAAUGCCACCUCUCUUCUCUAAAUUCAAACAUGAUCAAGCAGUUUUGUCCAAGGAAUCCCACAAAGCCACCUCCAAUUAUAAUUGCACAUCGUUUUCAGAUUUGAUGAUGCAAGCCAUGCAAGUGACUCAUUCCAGAGAAAAACCCGAAUAUUCGGAGAUUGCUGCUCUUUGGAAGGAGAUUAAUGAGCCUGACCUACAUCAUGCAAUUAAAGCCCACCAGGGAACCCCUCUUACAAAGAAGUCCAAAGUCUUGAGCAAAUUUAACAAAGUUCGCCCAGCACCACUGGAUGGUGCACCUGUUAAAAUCUUUGAGUGGGGGGACUACUUGGACAAGGAAACAUCCUUGGGGGCAUCAGUCUCCUGCUUCAGACAUGCUCCCAUGUGUGUUCAAUGGGAGGAAAUCAACGUUGGGAUGAAGGUAGAAGUCUUAAACACCAAUGCAGUCCUGUCCACUAAGGUUUACUGGAUUGCUACAGUCAUUCAAAUUGCAGGAUACAAAGCAUUGUUGCGAUACGAGGGCUUUGAGCAUGAUAGCAGCCGCGAUUUCUGGUGCAGCCUAGUUUCAGGUGAGCUGCACCCCAUCGGGUGGUGUGCUUUGACUGGCAAGCUUCUGGUUCCUCCGCAAGAUGUGACCAAAAUCCCUGACUGGAAAGAGUAUUUGAUGAAGAAGUUGGUGGGAGCCCACACUCUGCCUGUUGAAUUCUACCUGAAGCUGUCCGAACGCAUGAAGCAGCAAUCCUUCAGAAUGGGCAUGCGUGUGGAGGUGGUCGAUCCCAAACACGUUAGCCGGACCCGCAAAGCCAUCAUUGAAAACAUCAUUGGCGGGCGCCUACGGCUAUUGUACAUUGACCAGAGCGACUCCCCUGAAAACGUCACUGCGGAUUUCUGGUGCCACCUGUCCAGUCCACUCUUGCACCCGAUUGGCUGGUCCAGAAGAGUGGGCCACAACAUGAAAGCACCCGGUGGCCAAACUCCUGGUGGUGGUUUGAAGGGAAUUUGCAACAGUACAGAUAACCUUUUUAAAAAGCCCAGGUAUGUCUACAUGGACGGAGGUUAUUUUGAGGAAGGAAUGAAGCUCGAGGCUAUCGAUCCGCUAAAUCUGGGCAGCAUCUGUGUGGCUACUAUACACAAGGUGCUGUUAGACGGCUACUUGAUGGUUGCCAUUGAUGGUGCACCAUCACACAAUGGUUGUGACAGAUUCUGUUACCACGCCUCCUCCCACGCCAUCCUACCCAAGGACUUCUGCAAAAGGAAUGACAUCGCUCUCACCGUGCCGCAAGGAUGUGAUCCUGAGACUUUCACCUGGGAAAAUUACCUUAAGGAGACUAAUUCAAAAGCUGCACCGCAACACUUAUUCAACACAGACUAUCCAGGUCAUGGCAUCUCCCCCAACAUGAAACUGGAAGCGGUGGACUUGAUGGAGCCGCGGCUGGUGUGCGUGGCCACGGUGAGGCGUUGCGUGGGACGUCUGCUCCUCAUCCACUUUGACGGCUGGGAUGACGACUUUGACCAGUGGGUCGACCACGAAUCCACUGACAUCUACCCUAUUGGAUGGUGUGAUCUCACCGGCUACCAACUCCAACCGCCACCUGGACUCGUGAUGGAAAACCACGCAGGACAGAUCAAGAAACCAAAGAUUCCCUUAUAUGGGAAAAAAAGGCGGCGGAACGCGAAAAGGCGCACGCACUCUCUUCAAGUCGAAGAGAACAAUGACAAUCACAAUCACGAAGACAAUCACGAGGAGGAACAACAGCCGCCAUCGAGCAACGCGACACUCCAACCGCCAUUACCGGAAAACACUGCGCCCGUUGUUCAACUCAAAAGCGAACCAGAGGAGCUGGAGAGUAAGGCCGCUCAUCAUCUACAUUCUAUUUCUUUUUGUUCCAACGAUGAUCUCACAUUAUGGCAAUACAACAAUUAUUGGGGUCAGGAAAUCAUAUUAGGAUAUUCUAAAAACAAUAAACUGAAAAGCAAGCUAUUUUCAUCUUUUUCCUGUAAAUUGGAAAGAGUUUAUCACUCUUGGCUGUCCAAUCUGUUUAAAGUGGGAGGGUGGCAGGGCAGCGAAUGAACACUUGUCCAUUCGCUGCCACUCUCCCACUAUAAACAGAUUGUGCGUCUAUGGCCAUCAGUGGCAACUAAUGAGUUGAUUUUGGGGCAUUUCACGUCAUUUCCUUUUUUCUUUUUGGGCAUUUACGGGUACUUCCUGAUGUUUUGGAGGCAUUUACAGGUUACUUCCCAUUGAUUUUGAGCCACUUCCUUUUCAUUUGAGGACAUUAUUGAGCCACUUCCUUUUCAGUAACUCAAAAUCAACGGAAAGUGACCUGCAAAUGCCCUAGAAUGAACAGGAAGUGACCUGUAAAUGCCCACAGAAGACGGACUGUGAGUGUCCUGGUUUAAGUGCCACUGAGGGCGCCAGAUGUUCAAUGCAGUCAAUACGAAUCGGAUGCAUACCUGUCAAGUUGUACGGUUUCGGCUUAAUUUGUACAAGUGAGCACUGAUAUUUAAAUGUGUACGCUGUACGAUUAAAAUCUGUACGUUUUUCGUGCAUUACGUUUUUUUUUUCUCCAUUCGGAUUUUGUCACCGUUUCGGCAACGAGACAUUGUGCAUUAGAUGCAUUACUACAUUGGUUGAAUGAAGCGAGAGAAGUCAGAGACACUGUGAGAGAAGAGUGCUGUGACGCUGCAGCAAACGCGAUGCUAGGCUAGGUGGCACCAAUAUUUCCUGACUGUAGCCGACAGCCUACAAUCUACGCCUAGAUAUCAAAUGCUUAUAGAACUACAUGCGAAAUGACAGACGGCGGCGUUGAUAAACAGCCGCCAGUUUGAAGCAGUAGACUUCGCAGAAAGGCUCUGUUGUAGUGAACCUUCGUAGCGAACUUAAGUGACUUUUUAUCUAAAAUCCUCCUAAAUCGGCAAAAUCUUGACUUGAAUCUAUCUUUAAAUGAUGUAAGUUUUAAAACUACCAUGUCGAAAGUACACAUAAGGAAACUAAUGCAAAAACGGUAAAAUUUUAACAGUUGACUCACAACAUUAAACGAUUUCCAAAAGUAGCAAAGGUUACGAUGUGUUUUGUUUUUUUUAAAUAAAAAAAAAACAUGAAAGGUAACACCAGUUACUCUGCCAAGUAACUAAUUACUCUUACCUUCAGGUUACUGACUCAAUUACUUUUUGGGAGAAAUAAUUUGUAAGUAAUUAAUUACUUUUUAAAAGUAAGAUUAACAACACUGGUCAUAUAGAGGAAGUCUGCGGGAUGAAAAGUGACGAAAGUGGAGAUUUCAUUCUCCCAAUUUGUUGCCGAACACAAUUUGCCGGCAACUAUUGCUGAUCACUUCUCAGAAUUAGCAAAAGAAAUGUUCUCUGACUCAAACAUUGCGUCGGCAACCCAAACUGUUGAAAGAGCCAUAUUCGACCAAAAAAAACAAACAAACAAACUGAUACAGUAUGUCUGGAGCCGCAAGAAAAUUUAAAGCCUUGUAUAAGCCUUAUAAUGAAAGCAACACCAGCUGUAUGUAUCGAUAUUAGCUAUAUUGGCCUACUAUCAAAAUGACUAAGUUGGCUACAAAUACAUAAUUAGCCUUCAUGAUGACAUGUUUAUUUUCCCUGCAGUGGAUCCUAUAGAAAAUGACGCAACACGUGACUACUCUGUUGUACGAUGCCACCUCAAGUUUAACUUCAUUACAAUAACAGGGUACCCGCGGGUUAUUAAAAGUAUUAAAAAGGCAUUGAAUUUAGUUUUCCAUUAUUAAAGGUAUUAAAAGUAUUAAAUAAGCUGUCGUAAGUCUGGAAUUUUUUCACCGAGGUUUUAAUUUUCAAGAACAUCUCAGUGCAACCUAAAUUAUAUCCGUGACAGUUUUUUUUUUUUUUUUUUUGUAAUCCAUAACGAAGAUGAAGCGUAGAAUUUUUACGAUGCACUGCACCUCGUGUGUGCGCGCCGUUACCAUCAACAUCACAACAGCAGGCAAUCGCACAGUACCAGGCUCGGAGUGGCUAAUCGGGAGAACCGGGACAGUUCCCGGUGGGCCGGCCUGACGUUUGGGCCGGUUGUAAUACACAUUUUUAACGAAGCUUUCAGUUAAACUAUUUACUAACGGCAUCACGCAACCCCUCUUUGCGCGAUAAAUUGUGGCCCUUCUAGCAUUCCGUAGUUUGAAAUUCGAUACCCCGCAACAGGCUCCCUCUCAUUCUCCGAUGCCGCCAGCUCUGCCUCUGGGAAAGAGUAUCAUGACAUCAUCCUGUUGACUUGAUUCUGGAAAAACUUAAUUUUGGGUUUUAAUGGCCGAAAUGGGGCACGUUGAGGCAGCAUGACGAGCGUGAACCCGUUUGGCUGUUGGCGCGACCCAUUAUCAUUGUUUUUGGGCAUUUUUGGAUAAAAGUACAGCAAUAAACCGUAAAUGAACAUGCAGAAUGAAAUAUUUUUCAUGAGAGCACCACUAAAACUUUCACCAUGGAGGCUCCAGGCACUAUUUUUGGGCACAAAGACGGAGGAUUGGGGUGAAAACAUAAGUUUUAACCCAAAACAUUGCACUCUGAGGUGGAUUGAUGAGCGUGAACUACCCUGAAAUACACAGGUGUCUGAACUGUAUAAGUGCAUUGGGAGACAGCCGUUUUGGUGAGUUCAAUCAAUCAUUCAAUCUUUCACAUUUAAUUGCGGUAAUUUUAUGUCAUGAAUAAUAUGAAAACACUCAUAAGUAAUGAUAUAUUACAUUAUUUUUUUAUUUAUUUAAACUAUAUACAGUAUGCCCCCCAAAUUUUGAAUAUCAAGUAAAAGUUGUUUUAUUUUGGUAGAUUAAACCAACAAAACUGAAUAUGUCAAUUUGCAUGUACCACAAACAACAACAAAAAAAUGAAUAUGAUGAAAAGCUUCAGUUUUGUACACACUUGCCACAUGUGUAAUUCAAAACACCUGCAAAAGGUUCCUCAUUCUUUAAAAAGUCAGUCUAAUAUAAAAUGAAAUUAUAGCUAGUACCCCAAAAAUAAAAUGGUAACUUCACACAGAACCUGCGCUUGAGCCCUUGAGAACUGUCAGUAGACAUGCUCUUCCUCUGUGCCUCCCUUUUUACAAGUUAUUUGGGGAAAAUUCAUAUUUGAUUCAUCUUUACAAGUGUAAAGGAAAACUCUUUUCUUGUUUCUAAUGAGGCUUAAAUUUGACGAACUCCUCUGCUAAUAGGUGUAUUUAGAAAUUGAAAUAUAUAAUUUAUGCAUUUUAAAAAAUUGUAAGUUUACUAUUGACAGCAUGCGAUUAGUUGCGAUUUUAAAAAAUUAAUCGCUUAACAGCACGAUUAUUAUUACAAUAUUUUAAUAAGGUAGGUCAUGACAUAAAGAGGGCCGGUCUGUGGCACAAAACUUUUUGUUUUAAUUGUAUCUUCAAUAAAUGUGCAUUCUUUUGUCAAACACACUUAGUAAUUGAGGUUAAAUUUGAUGUUCAGCGCUUUAUUUUUUUAAAUAUGAUUAAAUAUCUAAAUAAUGGGUGCGAGAAAAGUAUUAAUUUUCAGUUUAAAUGGCAUUAAAAAAGGUCUUAAAAGUCUUGAAUUUAGAUUUAUCAAUCCUGGGGGGACCCUGAAUAAUAAUGAAUUGACAGAAUGUUUGGGUCAUAUUUGUCCUCCUACAGAAACUAUAUUAGAACAAAAAAUAUAUUUCCCUUCGCCAUCUUUUUCCAUUUUCAAUGAAAAAAAUCUUUGAAAAAGCUCCAGGGAGCCACUAGUUGCAGACCUCCGUCGUAGUCUUUUUUCCUUUUAUUUGGUCCCAAUACGUAACUAUAUUACCACAACAAUAAAAGUCCUUCUGUUAACGGACCCACUUUAAGGAGUAGGGGAAAAAUUCUAAUAUCCGUGUAGAGUUUUACUAGUUUCAGUGAGAAGGUGGUCUUUUUUGUUCGUGAACUACAUUUCCACACAAACGCACAUCGAGGUACCAUUAACAGUUUUCGAGUGUCCCAGAUCUCGCGAAACUUGGGGAAAAUGGCGCAUUCGUCAAAGUUUCGUCAGCCGUGAUUGUGUAUAUCCGUCUGCCGAAACAGCCUGAUAACGCAGAUAUAAGUCCCCCCGCACCUCGUUUUUGACGUUAGUGCGGCGGCGCUCUGAAAAUAGAGUAAGGCUCUACUUUGGGCCGUGCCUCUCGGCGCAAAUUCAUUCAAACUUGGUCUUCUGUCCAAGACAGCCCAUCCACCACUCACUUUCGCCGAAAAGUCCGAUCCAAACUACUGUAAUGCCCUUGAUAUGGGGAAGAAGUAGAGGAGUCUGUAUUGGCUUACCCACUUUAUUGUGGUAACAAUAAUAAAAAAAAUAAAUAAAUAACAGUGGGCUGCGCGACAUGCGACCGCUAUCCCUUGCUAUUUCGCCCGUUCUCCCAUUCUUCCUACUCACUUACCCCUGCGUCACAGCUCCCCAGUCCGAUCGUCUCUUAAGGGGGCCACGCAUAGUUCCUGACAUUACAAUACACAAUGAAUAGGUUGCCGCUGAACCAUUCACACUCGGCUGCCGCUAGUUUGAAACGGCCUUAAAAAUAUAUAAAAACAAAAAAACAUUUCCUUUGCAAGGUGUGGUGGCUUUUAUCUUGGUGUGGCCGUGUGCCACAAUCUCUUAGGUGUAAGGGAAACCCUGCCAUCAAUAGUUCUCAUCUCCGCUGCCACUCUUGUUUGCAGGCGAGUCACCUUCCGGGUUGACUAUUGUCAUUCACUACUCUGCGGUCUCCCAAAAAAUCAUUUCAGAAACUGCAGCUAGUCCAAAAUUCAGCAGCAUAACUCAUCACGCGAACCCCCCGUCAACCCCUAUGACUCCAAGUAAAACAAAGAAUUAACUACAACACUCAACAACUCCUUUCAAAUCCCAACUCAAAACACAUGAUCUGUUCAAUCUUUCUUACCCAUCCUCAGCUCUGUUUUAACCUCUUUAUUUUCUGUUACUUUUAGCUUGCUUUUAACUAGUGUUUGUUUAUUUUAAUUAGGGCUGCAGCUAUCGAUAUAUUAGGUGAACAAUUAAUCUGUCGGUUAGUUUGAAUAAUUGCGUAAUUGGAUUAGGCACAUUUAAUGUGUUGCAGAAUAAAUUUUAGGAGAUGUAAAACAAAGGCUUGCUAAGAUUGCAUUUUCACGAGAACAUUAAAUGCGAAUACAAAAAAAAAAUCCCCAGUGAUUUUUCCAACUAUGCAGAAUGGCACUUUCACAAGAGCAAUAAAUGCAUUUAAAAAUAAAUUAAAAUACCUAAGGUUUAGCUUUAAACGGUAUAAAAAAAAAAUAGUGUUUGCGGUACAACAUAAGAACAAUCGGCUAACUUGCAUAUCAAAGGCUAAGCUUAAAUGUUAUAAAAUGUAAUUCCCACAAAAAAAUUAAAGAUGCACCGAUACCGAUACUAGUAUCGGCAGGGGGCGCCGAUCCGGCCCAAAAUGGUGGUAUCGGUAUCGGCGAGUACCAACAAAGACGGCGCCGAUACCAUUUACCGGUCCAUUAUUAUAACAUUUGACCGCAGCCUUUUUUUUUUUCUCCUGGCGCUCACUAUACUUUGUCUCUGUGUUUUGUGAUGACACGUGAACACCAAGCAGCUAUCGCUAUUGGCCUGCUCCAGACCAAUGAGAACGGGCCAAUAGCCAUUCCUGACUAAUGACAAGGCCGCUUGGCUGCGCCGAUAUGGCGGCGGUCGGAAAAUAUUUCAAAAUAGAAAUCCCGUCAAUUAAAAUCAAUGGCUGCAUGCAAGAUUUGCGGCCUGAAAGUUUCGAGAUGUGGAGUUAAAUCGGCCAGUUUCAAUACUUCGAACCUGAUAAAACAUUUGAAGACGAAACGUGAACGAACACAACGAGUUUGAGCCUGCAAGAGCAGGACUGCUAUCCAGAGGAAGGGCGCUGAACAUGUGCAACUAUCUCUGGUAAGUUCACUACGUCAACUUUACUUGUGUUUUACUUAAAGAAAUGCUACAGUAAUUUGGGAACUGUUUCCAAAGUAGGGUUGCCACCUUUCAGAAAUAGAAGUAAGGGACCCCCCCCCCCCCCCCUCCAGAAAAAAGGAGGCUAAUAGAGAGACGGGAUGCUGUGGUCAAUUAUUAUUACUUAUAAUUGUUAGCGUCCGCAAAUGCGGAAACAAGGUUGGACCUCGAAGCGGACAACAAGCAGGGGAUACGUACAAGGGUUUAAUGAUUGCAAAAAAAAAAAAAAAAAAAAACACACGCGAUCGCGGGAUAGUAGAAAUAACAAAAGGAGUCCGUGACAGCAGGUCGACGGAGCUCAAUACUACAAUAUACUAUACUCGAAGGUUAACGAAGAGCGAGCCAAAAAGCCAAAAUAAAAUCACUGAAAUACCUGCACAGGGUAGAGGUUACAAACGAGUGCAGCACACCAACAGAAAAAAACCAAUGCAGGGGCUUAACAAGCAAAUGUAGCGAGACUAUAGUGCGAGAUGUCAAAUGGCCAUCAGCAAAGCAAAUAUCUCGGCAGCCUUCUCUGAGCUCACUCGUGCUUAAAUGCUGCGUUGAUGAGCCCGCAUUGGAUUCAGGUGCGACGUCAGGAACGCCCCACUAACAGCCCAGCAACAAAACACGAUCUAACCAGCAGCAGAAUGUGACAAUAAUUUCAUGAAAGUUGCACUGAUUGGCCUUUGAGAGGUUUAAAAAAAGUUUACUCAGUUUAUUAUUAUGAACUUUUUUUUACUUUCUUACUGUUGGGCUAGUAUUAUACUUUGUACUAGUCUUUUUCCUAUUUUGCAAAGGUAAGCAACAGCCUGACAAAGCCUUGAUAGCAAGGAUUUCACAUCCAAUCAUGUAGCUCUUGGGGGGGGGGGGGGGGUUAUAUAAACGGGGUGGUAUCGGUAUGGUAUUGGCCGAUACGGCACAGCCAGGUAUCUGUAUCGGGGCCAAAAAAUGGUAUCGGUGCAACACUAAAAAAAAAAUACUUCAACUAAAUUCCGAAUUGAUAAACAAUGAUAUUAGCUUGAACAUAAACUUACCUUAUCUUGGUCUUGACAAGGAGUAGCUGGAUCCAGCCAUGUGAGAUGAGUUGUCAGAUUCACUGUUGCCACUAGAGGGCAGUUUAUCCACCCAAAUCAAUGAAACUAAAUUUUAAACACUUUAAAAACAAACCAUUAAAACGCCACUUAAAAAAUCGAAUCCUCGAAGUGGCAAUUUUUUCUAAUGAAUUACUGGAGUUUAGGGCUGCAACUUUUGAUAAUUUUAGUUGUCAAUUAAUCUGUCAACUAGAUCGAAUAAUCGAGUCAGCAGAAUAGGAACAUGUAAGGCGUUGAAGAUGUAAAACAAAGUUUCGAAAAAGCGCAAAUACAAAAUAAAAUUCCAGUGUGUUUCUUCAAACUGUGGAGGAUUGCACUUUCAUUUCAAAAUAAAUUAAAAUACCAAAAAUUAGCCUCAAACGGUAUUUCAAUAAAUAAAUAAAUAAAUAAAUAAAUAAGGAUUUAAGUACAGCAAAAGAGGCAUUUGCUAAAUCAGCUAGCUUAAAUGCUAUAAAAUGCUAACCUUUUUUUUUUUUUUUAACCAUGCUCUUAACAAAUCGUUCACAUAUUCCCCCCAAAAAACGGCUAAAUAUACCUAUAAACCAAAUCAUGAAUACAUUAAAAAAAUAUAAGCUCAAACAAAAUUUACCUUAUGUUGGUCUUAACAGUGAGCAGCUGGAUUCACUCAUAUUCAAUGAGUUGUUAUAUUCGCUGUUGCCACUAGAGGGCUGUGUAUCCACCCAAAUCAAUAAUACUAAAUGCAAACAGUUUCAAAACAAACCAUUACAAUGCCACUCUAAACGAAUACUCGAAGGAGCAAAAUUUGAUUAGAAGAAUUUUUUCUAAUCGAAUUACUCGAGUUAAUCCAGUAAUCGUUGCAGCACUACUCGAGUUAAUCGCUUAAUCGCUGCAGCACAAACUUUAAUCUCAGACAGUUUCCGAGUGUUUUGAGAAGCGAUUUGAAAUAAAAUGUAUUAUUAAGUAAAGAGGAUGGUAGACUUGAAGUUAUCAUAAAGUGACUUUGUUCUCUCUCCUUAGUCGCUCGCGUGGAAGUGAAAGUGGAGGAGGUGGAGAUGGAAACUCCAAUCUCCUAUCAAGCUCCGGUAUAACUCGGGAAGCAAAAGUACUGGAACACGAGGUGACGUCUGGUGAUUUUUAAUUUUUUCUUCUUUUUUUUUUCUUUUUUAAAACCUUUGUCAGAACUUUUUGUUUUUGACAAGCCAGAAGUGGUCAAAAAUGAAUUGGACACACUGGAAUCCCAGGAAAGAAAUAGUAGUGAGAACUGAGAAAAGGUUAUUGUACAGUGUUGUAUUGUAGGUAUUGUUAUUUUUCUAAAUCAUGAAUGUACCUGUAUAUAAUGUAUAAUAUCCAGAAAAACUACCUCGUACUCAAACAACAACCGCUAGAGACCUUUCACUCUUAGUAGAAAGCAAGUUAAUAUACAGUGGGGAGAACAAGUAUUUGAUACACUGCCCAUUUUGCUGAUUUUCCCACUUGCAAAGCAUGUAGAGGUCUGUAAUUUGUAUCAUAAGUUCUCUUCAACUGUGAAGGACGGAAGCUAAUACAAAAAAACAUAAAAUCACGUUGUAUGAUUUUUAAAUAAUAAAUUUGCAUUUAAUUGCAUGAAAUAAGUAUUUGAUACAUCACAAAAAUCGAACUUGAUAUUUGGUACAGAAACCUUUGUUUGCUAUUACAGAUACCAAACGUUUCCUGUAGUCCUUGACAAGGUUUGCACACACUGCAGCAGAGAUUUUGGCCCACUCCUCCAUGCAGAUCUUCUCCAGAGCCUUCAGGUUUCGGGGCUGCUGCCGGGCAACACGGACUUUCAGCUCCCUCCAUAGAUUUUCUAUCGGGUUCAGAUCUGGUGACUGGCUAGGCCACUCACGGAGCCACUCUUUAGUUGCCUUGGCUGUGUGCUCUGGGUCGUUGUCAUGCUGGAAGACCCAGCCACGACCCAUCUUCAGGGCUAUCACUGAAGGAAGGAGGUUGUCAGCCAAGAUCUGGCGAUACAUAGCCCCAUCCAUCCUCCCCUCAAUACGGUGCAGUCGUCCUGUACCCUUGACAGAGAAGCAGCCCCAAAAAAUGAUGUUUCCUCCUCCAUGUUUCACGGUUGGGAUGGUGUUUUUGGGGUUGUACUCAUCCUUCUUUUUCCUCUAAACACGACGAGCCGAGUUUAGACCAAAAAGUUCCAAUUUUGGUCUCAUCCGACCACAUGACCUUCUCCCAUUGCUCCUCUGGAUCAUCCAGAUGGUCAGUGGCAAACUUCAGACGUGUCUGGACAUGCACUGGCUUUAGCAGCGGGACCUUGCGUGCGCUGUAGGAUUUUAAUCCAUGACGGCGUAAUGUGUUUCCGAUGGUUUUCUUCGAGACUGUGGUUCCAGCUCUCUUCAGGUCAUUGACCAGGUCCUGCCGUGUAGUUCUGGGCUGAUCCCUCACCUUCCUCAUGAUCAGUGAUGCCCCACGAGGUGAGAUCUUGCAUGGAGCCCCAGAACGAGGCAGAUUGACCGUCAACUUGAACUUCUUCCAAUUUCUAAUAAUCGCUCCAACAGUUGUUACCUUCUCACCAAGCUGCUUGCUUAUUUUCCUGUAGCCCAUCUCAGCCUUGUGCAGGUCUGUUAUUUUAUCCGUGAUGUCCUUACACAGCUCUUUGGUCUCGGCCAUUGUGGAGAGGUUGGAGUUUGUUUGUUUGAGCAUGUGAACAGGUGUCUUUUAUACAGGUAACAAGUUCAAACAGGUGCAGUUACUUCCGGUAAUGAGCGGAGAACAGGAGGGGUUCUUAAAAAAGAACCAAGAGCCGAAAUAUUUACUAGUUGGUAAUGUAUCAAAUACUUAUUUCAUGCAGUUAAAUACAAAUUUAUUAUUUAAAAAUUAUACAAUGUGAUUUUCUGGAUUUUUGUAUUAGAUUCUGUCCCUCAUAGUUGAAGAGAACUUAUGAUACAAAUUACAGACCUCUACAUGGCUUGCAAGUGGGAAAACCAGCAAAAUCGGCAGUGUAUCAAAUACUUGUUCUCCCCACUGUACUUGGAAAGAAAGCCAGAAGUACUGUAACAUGUUUUUUUUAGCCUUAUUUGAAGACACAACUUUUGAUAUAAAAACAAUAAAAAGUCAUUUUUUGCUCUCUAAAUAGUAGUGUUGAACUGAUUUUUUUUCUGGCUCCCGAUAUCUGCCGAUACAGUACCAAUACAGGUAGUCCCCGGGUUACGGACGAGUUCCGUUCCUACGCCGGCGACGCAAUCCAAAUUUCCACGUAAGUCGGAGCUAACCCUUUAAGUACCCCUAAAUGCUCCCUAAGUCUCAAAAUAACAAUCCCCAAAAAAUUAGAUGCUGGAUGAGACACUAGCCCCUUUCAGACAUUCGCUAAACUCUGGUUAAGUCUCGGGAUUUAAAUGGGUAGCCCUUGUGUCUGAAAGCAAUUUCCUGGGUCGACUGACACGGACAUUAGCCAGGUUGCGUCCUAGUAAAAUGUCCAGGAGUUGACUGGGAUGUGGCCUGUAUGAAAGCAAGCUGUUAAUUCCAGGGUGACAGAGCGAAGGCUGAUGAUGUUUAUAUCAUAGUUCGCCGAUCAUCAUUUCCGUUUUUUUCCGCAGUAAGAUGAACAGCGGUAAACUAACAACGCAAUUAUCAACAUGGCAAACUGGAAAGAUUGCAAAAUUCAGAGGUGGAUAGUAACGCUUUAUUUACUUGAGGAAAAUGUACCGGAAUUUCCCGGAUAUAAUGAGCACCCCAAAUUUACUUGUAAAAUCUAGGGGAAAUUCCCGUUUAUAACGCGCACCCUAAUUUUAGCACCAAUAAAUAGAAUAAUACAAGAAAACAGAGCUCGUGUACAGAUACAGAAAUGUCAUUUUACUGAAUGGUGAAACACAGCACAAGCAUAGCAUAUUGGUAAUUCAAAACAUUACCAUAAACUGACAAUAUUUAUGGAUUUACAGAUAUUACUUUUCUUUUAAAGACUGCUGUAUGACUUGCUCGUUUCAUCAUGAUGAAUAAAUGUUUCUUCCCUGGAUUGAUACGGUAAAGUGAGAAGUCGGACAUCCGAGAGAGCUCGUCGCUGUCGACACGACAGUAACAAUAGGAACUAUUGUUAUUUGUGUUUGAGUUUCCCAAGGGACAGAUAUAGUUGACGGAUACACACAGGAAGUCUGUGUUGUUACAUUUGUUAUGGUCCGAGUUGCGGAGCUGCAAUAAAUGUUGAGUCAAAUGAGUUCAAGAAACUAAAUUCUGUGCUUUAUGAAGAGUGAAAAAAGAAUUUAACACAGAAGAAAUCAUUCGGCCGAUCAGAGGGAAGUAUUACCGAAACAAAAUGGUAAGGUCACGUACCGUAAUUGUUGGCAACGGAUCGCCGCAUACGUUUCUUCAACACAACGUGGCCGUGUCAAUAAAAAAAAAAUCAGUUUAUAAGUAUGUAUAUAUAUUAGGGCUGUCAAACGAUUAAAAUUUUUAAUCGAGUUAAUUACAGCUUAAAAAUUAAUUAAUCGUAAUUAAUCGCAAUUCAAAUCAUCUAUAAAAUAUGCCAUAUUUUUCUGUAAAUUAUAUAUAUAUUCUGUAAAAUAAUUUGUUUGAAUGGAAAGAUAAGACACAAGAUGGAUAUAUACAUUCAACAAAGGACUGUAGUGGGCAUUUCACUCUACUGUCAUUUAAAUCUGUCUAUGCUGUCCUCACUCCGAAGCGUCUACUUUUUCCAAAGCUAGACAGCUAGUGAGCGACGCCUUAAUAAUCAGACUUCUUCCUUUUUCAUCUGAUUUAUUAAUAAAAUGGCCUCAAACCACUGUCCUCUUUAGACCGUAGUGAAACUACAAAAAAAAAAAGUACACAAGCAUUGAUUUAGCAACAACGUUAGCUUAGCACGUUAUACAGGUUCACUAAACAAACAAAAUGCGUCUCAUACAAAAAAUAUAACAUUUCGCUUACUAACAUAAUAUGUACAUUCUUUACAACAACCAUACUUACGGACAAAUCUUGUCCAAGGAUCAUAUAAGCACAACAUUACAACGUAGGCGUCAGCCUGAGACGUCGUGCAGCCAUAUUGAACUGGCAAGAAAGCAAUAAACCAUGUCGCAAAGCAACCACAAGAGUUCGCUGUUAGACAGCACAAAAAACCUUGCUGUAAAACUUACCUAAAGGCAGAAUACUGUCUGAGCGGGACAUGUGUGUUAAUUGCGUCAAAUAUUUUAACGUGAUUAAUUAAAAAAAUUAAUUACCGCGCGUUAACGCGAUAAUUUUGACAGCCCUAAUAUAUAUCUGUCUCAUCCAUGUACCCGUUUAUAAUGCGCACCAUGA